AUGACUGCUUUCGUUGUUACCUGCAUCGGACACGAUGAUGCAUUGCCGUUGCCUAAGAUUGAUGCGAUCAUUGAGCAGAUUAAAAGCGCUCUUUCCGAUGCCUUUACACUAUCUGAUCAGACCAAAAAACUAGCAGAGAAUGCAAUUGAUCUCCACAUCAGUAGCAGCUCUGAGACGAGCUGGCUACAGCUCAAGGAGCAACUGAAGAGCGUUAUAUGUGCUCACAGCGAUGUCGAUAUUAUUGUUCAAGUGGAUAACGAAUUUAGACAUAAGAAAUUGGUCGUCUUCGACAUGGAUUCCACUCUGAUCUAUCAAGAGGUGAUCGAGCUGAUUGCGGCAUAUGCUGGUGUAGAGGACAAGGUUCGCGAUAUUACCGAGAGGGCGAUGAACAAUGAAUUGGACUUCAAGCAAUCGUUGCGUGAGCGUGUGAAGCUCUUGAAAGGUAUCAAGAUUGACCACUUGUACGACGAGAUCAAACAGAAGCUCCUCAUCACAAAUGGUGUGCCCGAGCUGUGCGAGCAGUUGCAUGCAAAUGGCUGCAAAUUGGCUGUGCUCAGCGGUGGUUUCGUGCCUUUUGCCAACUACAUCAAAGAAAAACUGCAUCUGGACUUUGCCAGGGCUAAUGUGCUAGAGACAGACGAUGAGGGCGUCCUAACCGGUGUCACGACAGGCCCUGUGGUGGACGGCGAAUUGAAGGCAGAGACUCUUUUGCAGCUUUGCGAAGAGUAUGGCAUCCCCAAGGAAGCCAGCUGCAUGGUGGGCGACGGAGGCAACGAUCUGCCCGCCAUGGCCGCGGCAGGGUUCGGUGUGGCGUGGAAUGCUAAGCCAAAAGUGCAGGAAUUGGCUCCCGCCCGACUCAACACCAGCUCAAUGGUCAAUCUACUCCACGUCUUUGGCUACAGCAGCAAAUGA